UGCCUGCCCUCCACUUCUCGGCAUGUUUCGGCUGCUCCGUGCAGCGCAUGCGCCCCGCUGCCGCUGUCCGCCUCAGCCCCGGGCGCUGCUACUGAUAAAGCUUCCUCCUCCCUCGCCUCCUCCAUCCCGGGACGUGCGCGCAGCCGCCGCUGCUGUUGUUGUUACCGCCGUGCGGCUUCCAGGAUCAGGGAUUUGCGGCGAGCACAAGGCGCAGGCUGGUUGGGGAUGGAGGAAGGUCGCCGGAAUGGCUCCUCGGGGCCCCCAGGAGCCUUCCAGCGGGAGCUAGGCCGCGCCUUCUCCUACUACAACAAGCAUCUAGCCAGGCUGCAGCGGAAUCUGCGGGAUACGGAGCGGUUCUUCCGGGACAUUAAGCACACGUACAGCGGGGGCCCCGGCGGACCAGACGCCGACAUUAAGGCUGCAGAUCUGGGCCAGCUGCAUUGCAUCACGUUUCCAAGGCAAGAGGAAGAUUACUUGAAGCUAACUGUGCGCUGCCGCCCAUGUAUAUUUGUCUUGGGACAAAACUGCAGUGCCCGAUGCAGAGUGCUUAAUGCUCUAUUAGGUGAUCAGCUGCUUCCAAUUGGUAAAGACUGUGACCCAGAGACUUGUAAGAGGAGGCGCAUUCGUUUUAGGUACGGGAAGCAGACAUUGGUGAGCUUGGCAUUGCCAGAGCAAUAUGAGCUUGUUCACCAAUUGGCUGCUCAUCAAGGCAAAUGGGAUACCAUUCCUGAGGAGGAUCUGGAGGUACCGGAGGAUGAAGAAGAUCCUGCACAUAGAUUGGCAGAGCUAGAAGUGACACUGCCUCACCAGUUCCUCCAGGAUGUUGACAUUGUGGUCUCUCCAUGUCGUGGUUCUCAACCUGCAGCUACUACUCUGGAGGAUUAUGUUGACCAUGUGCAGUCAGUAGUUGUCUAUGCAAUUAGUGGGGACCUUCUAAACUCUCAAGAUGAGGAGGAACUUGCGGAUAUCAAGACCAAGUACACACUCCCUGUGUUUUUUAUAAAAACCACUCCUAAAGGCAAAUUGAUAAGUGGUUCAGAUGGCAGUUGCUCUGCCCUGCAUGAGCAGUUGACAGAACUUGGGUACCUAAAAAAAGGUUUAUGUAGCUGCGGGGCUGCAGGGUCAGGUAGCCCAGCUCCCAAUGUGCUGGUUGAACAGUUUGAGAAGCUGCGUCAACUUGGUAGCUUCUCACGGCAAGUGCUUCAGAUGCACCUAGUUGAUGCAGCAAUGGUCCUUAACAUGGUGCACAGCCGUUGUUUAGACAUCUUUAUUAAUAAGGCCUUUGACAUGAGACGAGAUCUUCAAAUUACUCCUAGGAGACUGGAGUACACACGCCAGAAGGAGAGUGAGCUUUAUGAAUCUCUAAUGCGGAUCUCUGAUCGUAAACAGGAAGAGUUAAAGGACAUGAUUGUGGAAACUCUUAACAGCAUGAGAGAGCAACUCCUUGAGGAUGCAGCCAACAUGGAGUUUAAAGAUAUCUCCAUCCCACAGAACGGAGAGCCUCUCGGAGCACAGGAGGUAAAAAACUGCAUCUUUCAGAUCAAAGAGCUAAUCAUAUCACGGCUCAAUCAAGCUGUAGUGAGCAAACUCAUCAGUUCGGUGGACUAUCUACGGGAAAGUUUUGUGGGCACACUCGAGAGGUGUCUUCGUAGCCUAGAGAUGUCACAGAGAGAGUCCUCUUCGCACAUAACCAGCAACCACCUGAAACAGAUAUUGAAUGCCGCAUAUCAUGUGGAGGUGACUUUUAAUUCUGGAUCUACAGUCACGAGGAUGGUGUGGGAGCAGAUUGUUCAGAUUAUACAGCGUAUUACUUGGGUAAGUCCCCCUGCUAUAACCCCAGAGUGGAAACGGAAGGUGGCCCAGGAUGCUAUAGAAAGUUUGAGUGCUUCCAAGCUUGCAAAGAGCAUCUGCAGCCAAUUCUACAAGCGUCUCAAGAGCUCACAUGAAGCAUUCGCUGCAUCCCUCAAGCAGCUUGAGGUUGGUCAUUCUGGCAGGCUUGAGAAAACCGAAGAUCUUUGGCUAAAGGUUCGUAAAGACCAUGCCCCACGCCUGGCAAAGCUGUCGCUGGAGAGCAGGUCUCUGCAGGAUGUCUUAUUACAUGGCAAACCAAAGCUCGGGCGAGAGCUGGGAAGGGGACAGUAUGGAGUGGUGUACAUGUGUGAUAGUUGGGGUGGGCACUUCCCCUGUGCACUUAAAUCUGUAGUGCCACCAGAUGAGAAACAUUGGAAUGAUCUUGCUCUGGAAUUUCACUACAUGAGAUCUCUGCCAAAGCAUGAACGACUGGUCGAUUUGCAUGGUUCUGUCAUAGAUUACAGCUAUGGAGGAGGCUCAAGCACUGCAGUCCUGCUUAUCACAGAACGUCUCCAUAGAGACCUAUAUGCAGGUCUUAAGGCUGGACUUCCAGAAGAAACAUUGUUACAGAUUGCUUUAGAUGUGGUGGAGGGCAUCCGGUUUCUGCACAGCCAGGGCCUGGUCCACAGAGACAUCAAACUGAAGAAUGUUUUGUUGGACAAGAAGAACAGAGCAAAGAUCACUGAUUUGGGUUUCUGCAAACCGGAAGCUAUGAUGUCUGGCAGCAUUGUGGGAACUCCUAUACACAUGGCUCCAGAGCUCUUUUCAGGAAAAUACGAUAAUUCUGUUGAUGUUUAUGCAUUUGGCAUCCUGUUUUGGUAUAUAUGCUCGGGAUCAAUCAAACUUCCGGAAGCUUUUGAGAGAUGCUCAAGCAAAGACCAUUUAUGGAACAACGUAAGAAAAGGUGUGCGUCCAGAAAGGCUGCCUAUCUUUGAUGAGGAGUCCUGGAAGCUGAUGGAAGCAUGCUGGAAUGGGGACCCCUCUCAACGGCCGCUCCUGGGAAUUGUGCAACCCAUGUUGCAUGGCAUAAUGGACAGACUUUGCCACCGUCAAGAAUCUAACAAAACUCUAGAAGAUUCCACAUGAAUGCUUAAGUUCAGUAAAACUUCUGGCUCUAUUACCCUAGAAACAGACUGUUUAUCCUCCCUUACAGGAAAGGGUGAAAACUUCUACAGGCCAGCUUUCCUAGCUCUGUGCAUGCUGACCUGCAAUAGAAAGGAGACUUGUGGCAACUGAAGAUAAGCUAUUCAAUUUGCAUGGUUCUUGUUACCAUCUUCCAUGCUCACUCCAACAACAGUGUGGGGGUUAAGGUAGAUUUGCACAGCUCUGUGUGCCACAAGAUAAAAGUACCCAUGCAUUUUUUUAUGAUUUGUGCAUUCACAAGGCUCCAAAUGGUGUGAGAAACCAGCUCUUAUGCAUAUUAAUCUAAUGGAAGCUUGUGCAAACAGUAUAAAUCCUGUAUAUAUAUAUAUGGGUUUGCUUUCUUGACCAGCAUCAAUUUUACAUUUCCAAGGCCCAAUCCUUGCAAAAAAUAAUGCAAUUGGAUUGUACUGGGCAUGUCAACAACUCUAUAAAAUAUAUAUAUAUAUAUAUAUAUAUAUAUAUAUAUAUAUAUAUAUAUAUAUAAAAUAAAAAAAAAUUUUUUAAAUUAUCCUAUCCCCUUCCCAAACCUACUUUUCUCCCUUAAGAUUUUUCAUAAUAACGUUUCAUAAAACUUCUCCUCUAUGGACCAGAAAUCUAUUUAUCCUGCUUUGCUUUUCAUACCAAUGCUCUUCCUCCCCAAAAUGGUUUAGGUUUGUUUACCAUCCUUUAUACCAGUAGUACACUAAUAUGUGCAAUGAGUUGCAACCUGUCUUGAAUGUUAAUUCCUAAUGCUUGUAGAUCUAUUCAGCUCUUCUGUUUCUUUUUGUUGUUGCUUGCUUACUCUUUGAGUUAAAGAUGUUGCAAAUUUUAAAUGCACUCUUUUAAUGUUUACUUGUAUAUAUUUUCUGUCCAUUUUAAUUUUGUUUAAUGUUGACUCCACUCUAGUAGUAUUAAGGUUAUAUUAAGCAUAGGAUCCACUACUUAAACAUCCUGUAACUACAUGCCUUGUUACAUUAACCUAAACACCUGAUGUAUAAUGAAUCCACUAUUCCCACAUUCAAUGCUAUGCUUUGUGUAACCUCAAAUAGUGACAUUGUGCUGAGCAUCUUGGGUUAAAGCUAAAGGUUGCGCUUGUGAUAUGCAUUUGUUCAAGUAGUAAAAUGCUACUAAAAAAGGAUUUGGUGGUAAUAUUAUGUACUGUUACCAUUACAUUUUAGUUUGUAUAGUCUAAGAACACAAAGAACUAAGUGUGUAAACAAAAAAAAGUAUAAUUAAUAAAUAAAUUUAAGGUUCCAAGUAGUUUUCUAUACCAUCGCUGAAAAAAAAGUUUUUUUUUUUGUAGAAUUUUUUUUUUUACACCUUCAAUUUAUUAGUCAACUAUUUUAUUGAACACGAAGAUAAUAAAAGGUGCUUUUGUUAUUAAUCCAGUGUGUUGAGUUUCACGUGUAAUAAUCAGCAAUUGGGAGAUGAGUGCUGCAUUGAAGAGAAAUGAACAAUUGCUCUGUACUGUGAACUGCCGGCUUCACUCAUUUUUUAGGAAACCUAUGAACGCAUGGCUGAAGUGGACAGCAGCUUGUUGGGCAGAUGAGCAUUAUGAAUCCCCAGAAAAUGCCUUGAUUCUGAAAGUAUUUCCGUUACGGUCCCUUUCUAUAAACUUGUUUUACUACAUAAGAACACAAUUUAAAUAUUUACUUACAAACUGAGUCAUAUGUCCUAGUUAUUCAAGCAUUCAUGUAUAAAGACUUAAGUAUCUUGGCAGAGGCUUUAUGUAAUAUGCUGUUAGUAGUCCCUCUGGUCAGCAGACUGUUCAGAGGUCUGUAGAAGAGUAUGAGUGCUAUGGUAAGCACUCCUAUCUAGUGUUAUCAUUUAGCAAUAACCAACCUUUGUUAAAUAUCUUCUCUAGCAAAUGUAUAGAACCCAAAGCAAUACUACAAUUUUAAACAUACAUACUUUAUGGCAUUUGCUGGAUCUCUGAUGUCAUUGUAAUUUCAAAAGGCUUUUUAGCUAUCCCACUGGGCCUCUCAAGUUAUUUAUGCCAAUCUUGUGUGAACUCCCAUUCAUGGGAAUGUGACGUUCACCGUUCACUGUGUUUUGGCAACUACUUGCACUUGGCCUCUUGAAGCCAGGAAAGUGGUCACGGUAGAGUAUUGCGGGACUGUUACAGGUGCCUGCUAUCAUGUGCUUAUAAAGCAUGUACAGUGUGAACACCGAUUUAAGAUGCUUUUGCAGUUUAAUUGACUAAUAAACUUAAAAUGCAUCUUUUACAACAGGGUAGCGUUGUGAACGCUAGUAGCGUCCAUAAUUCAUGCAGAAGCUUCCUUCUUUCUACUAUGUAUGCCAAAUAUUUCUAAGUAUGGUUUAAAUGAUACAGCACGGAAACUUUGUGGUCUGGAAAAUGUUGACAGGGACAGAACUUAUAUAUAGGAACAAUAUUUGUAAUUUACAUAAUGUUUGUUAAAAUUAUGCUUUCUUAUACUGGAAUAACUUUAGUCUUCUGUUUUGUGUUCCUUUAUAAAUUCUACUGCAAAUAGUGAGUGGCUUUACUCUGCUAAAGGCAAACACUGUUUAAUUUAAGAGUUAAAUGGUGUCAGUCUAAAAUAAUUACCAGUAAUGUAAGUGUCCAUACCCUUGGAAGGGUUAAAAUAUUGGACAAACUAUAUAUAACAUGUAUUUAUAGUUGCCCCUUUCCUACUGCUUAUUGAAACUGUAUUAUAGCAUAUGUAAUGGGCCCUACACACUGGCCGACAUCCCUGCACGAUAUGAACGAUCUCGUUCAUUAAUGAGCGAGAUAACGUUCAUAUCGUGCAGUGUGGAGGCACCAGCGAUGAACGAUGCGCGGCCCCGCGCCCGUUCAUCGCUGGUGCCCUGUCGGCUGUGCAUGCAGGCUAAUAUGGACAAGAUCGUCCAUAUUUGCCUGCACGUCGACGGGGGGAGUGAAGAAACUUCUCUCCCCCCGUCACUGCCUCCCCGCCGCCGGGUCACCUGUCUGCCGUAUCGGUGGUCAGGCAGCUCGGCGGCACAUUGCCGAGUCUGUAGGGCCAAUAACACUGGGUGCUAUCAGAGUUACCACUAUGUAUAUCGCAAGGUAUCAACUAUUUACUCCCAAUAAACAUGCCUUAAGUUAGACCUGUUUUAGUAUCCGUGUUUACAUAUAAACUUUUGUUAAAUGUGGUGUAUGAAUGAACAUAUUCUAACUGGGGUAUUCAAUUGUUUGAAAAGUCAGUUGGGUGUCUGUUUUUUCCUAUCUAAUAGACCGGAAAAAACACACCCAACCAACUUUUCAAACAUUUGAAUUCCCCCCUAAAUGUGCACUCCUAACUGGUAAACCUAAUAUAAUAAAGUAAAGUACCACAGGCAUGCACAUUUUGUGGCAUCUGUGGCUUUAAGCAGUUCGUUCUGCAAGAAUAGCAUUAAGAAGCGUACUGUAGAAGGUAUUGCAAUUCCAGGUAGGAUUUGGUAGAAAACAUCAGUGAAUUGUAAUGUGAUGCAGGCUUAAUUUUGUAUACCAGUGUUGUGUUUUUACAGCUCAUAAGUAUGCAGGGUUCCAGGUGACCCUGCUUCCAGGAUAAGGCCCUGUGUACUGAACCAUCAUAUUCUAUUCUACCGUAUACAAGCCUAUUGACAGGCUACAUUCAAUCAGCAACUACUAUAAAUGUUUCCAUGUCUUUAAUUAUAAGUAAAUAAAUGACAGCAUCUUAACUCUAAGUACAAAUAUCCUAUGUCUUCUGUGUUUUUGAAAAUUUCGGCCCAGCUUUAGAAAUGCAGUAAAAGAUCACAUGGUACUUAUAGCAGGUGUAUUAUGUGUUUUUUGUUAAUACUGUAUGAGCUCCUACACAUUUUUUUUCUCAUACAGGUACUCUUUCUAGUCUGGCUUACAAACUCUCCUAAUUACUGGUCUGAUUAUAGAAAUAUUGUACUUAGAGGGGUAGAGAUUUCGCUGCUCUAUCACAAGUGUUAAUUUUUCUCCCCUACCCCUUAAUUCCAAAAAUGUUUACAUGUGUGUUUUGCACUUUGAGAGAAUCGGGAUCUAUGGCUGCAUUCCCUUUUUUUUUGUUUGUAUAUAUAAUUUUCAAUACAUACAAUAUCGCACUUAUGCAGUGAUCCCUCACUCCACCCUGUUACACCCAUAAUGAAUAAUGAGGAUAUAUUAACUUGUUUUGAAAGUGUAACUUGGGCUAUCCAAAAUAUAAAAAAUGUUGAAGACUUUUCAGAAUUGCAAUUACGGUCAGAAUUAAUGUUUAACUUUUAAAAUAAAGGUGUAAUGUUAAAUGUAGCGUUAACAACUAGACUGUUUUUAAAGUUUAAAAUUACUGUAGUCAUGAAAAACAUACUUUUGUGGCUCAUGUAUUUUAAUGUAGGGAAAAUGGUCUAAAUAAAAAUGUGGACCCUGCCACCCAUGCAUUUCUUCCUUAAGUACUUGGUUCACUUUUGUGGCGCAUGUACAGAGUUGGUCAUCCUACAGACUGCAAGCCCACACUCUGGCGUUAAAUAAUACCUGUUGUACUCUGAAUUUCUGUGCUUCUGCCCCUCUCAUCAAGAACACUAAAUAUCCUUAUUCUGACUGUAAUUGUGUAUUUUAUAAUACAGGUUGAGUAUCCCAUAUCCAAAUACUCCGAAAUACGGAAUAUUCCGAAAUACAGACUUUUUUGAGUGAGAGCGAGAUAGUGAAACCUUUGUUUUUUGUUGGCUCAAUGUACACAAACUUUGUUUAAUACACAAAGUUAUUAAAAAUAUUGUAUUAAAUGACCUUCAGGCUGUGUGUAUAUGAAACAUAAAUGAAUUGUGUGAAUGUACACACACUUUGUUUAAUGCACAAAAUUAUAAAAAAUAUUGGCUAAAAUGACCUUCAGGCUGUGUGUAUAAGGUGUAUAUGAAACAUAAAUGCAUUCUGUGCUUAGACUUGGGUCCCAUCGUCUUGAUAUCUCAUUAUGGUAUGCGAUUAUUCCAAAAUACGGAAAAAUCCGAUAUCCAAAAUACUUCUGGUCCCAAGCAUUUUGGAUAAGGGAUACUCAACCUGUACUCUGCCAUUAGUUCAGAUUUUUAAAAAAAUACUAUGUAAAAUAUUUAGACUUCACACUGUAUUGUACAAUUUAUCAUUAAACUCCUUAACUUGA